CGCGUUCUCAACAACUGAUACAUAGAAGUAGUACAGCGAUCGAUUAAUUAAAGGGGCCGGGUAAGCCAGAGAAGUAGAGAAGCUGCCAGGAGCCAACCUGCAGGCAAAGCAUUGUUUCCCAAUAGAUAAUAUGCAUGCAAUGUCCACAUGUUGAAGCUAGCUACUCGAAGCACCUUGCUAUCUGAGCCUAGCUUCCCAAGCCAGCCUCCCGUUCCCGGGCUUAAUAUAAACCACCCUACACCUCUCAGCACCCAUCAUCACAGCUGCAUAUUCAAGCACAGCACAAAGAAGACACCAGCUUGUACGUGUUUGAGCAUCGAGAUCGAGCUAGCUAGCAAGUUGGCCUUAAUUUGCUUUUGCUUGGCAUUUGCGUGAGGUCGAUCGAGCAAUAGUGAGCCGGCCAUGAGGAAGGGUGGCGCGAUGACGAUGAUGAUGAUGAUGGUUGCCGUCGCCCUUGUGUUCUCUUGCGUCUCCUCUGCUUCCGCGCAGCUGGACCCGCACUUCUACUCGCACUCGUGCCCGCAGGCGCAGCAGAUCGUGGCGUCCAUCGUGGGCAAGGCGCACUACCAGGACCCGCGCAUGGCGGCGUCCCUCCUCCGGCUCCACUUCCACGACUGCUUCGUCAAGGGCUGCGACGCCUCCAUCCUCCUCGACAGCACCGCGUCGCUGGCGAGCGAGAAGCGGUCCGUCCCCAACAAGGACUCGGCCAGAGGGUUCGAGGUGGUGGAUGAGAUCAAGGCCGCCCUCGAGGCUGCUUGCCCCCGCACCGUCUCCUGCGCCGACGUCCUCGCCCUCGCCGCCCGCGACUCCACCGUCAUGACCGGUGGGCCAGGGUGGAUCGUGCCGCUAGGCAGGAGGGACUCUCUGGGCGCCAGCAUCCAGGGCUCCAACAACGACAUCCCUGCCCCCAACAACACCCUCCCCACCAUCAUUACCAAGUUCAAGCUCCAGGGCCUUGACAUCGUUGACCUCGUCGCUCUCCUCGGUAGCCACACGAUCGGCGACUCCCGGUGCACGAGCUUCCGGCAGCGGCUGUACAACCAGACGGGCAACGGCGUCCCGGACUUGACGCUGGACGCGUCGGCGGCCGCGGUGCUGCGGCAACGGUGCCCGCGGUCCGGUGGCGACCAGAACCUCUUCUUCCUGGACCACGUGACCCCCUUCAAGUUCGACAACCAGUACUACAAGAACCUGCUGGCCAACAAGGGCGUGCUCAGCUCCGACCAGGUGCUCCUCACCGGCAGCCCCGCCACGGCGGACCUCGUGAAGCUCUACGCCGCCAACCAGGACAUCUUCUUCCAGCACUUUGCUCAGUCCAUGGUCAAGAUGGGCAACGUCUCGCCGCUCACCGGCGCCAGCGGCGAGGUCAGGACCAACUGCAGGAGUGUCAACCACAACUGAUCGCUCACUCCAAGUCGGCUGCUGGACUACUAGUACUUCUUUUCAGUCUGAUUGUUUCUGCUGGUUCAUUGUUUGUCGAUUCGAGUCGGGUAGUGAGUGUGUUUUGCUGCGAUUUCUUUCUUGCUUCCGUUUUAUUGUAGUACGAUUCGCCUUGUUGCCCAUGUGUUGUUUCCAGUGAAAUUAUUGUGUUUUUUCUAGAGGAUUUGAUCUGUUCAGUGUGACAAGACAGAAGCACAUUGUUGGUUCCUGUCAGUUUCCGGCCAAGACAGUUUGGUUAACGAAUUGAAAGUUAUCUA